AUGGAUUACUUGAAAUCUGUUGUCCCAUCUCAGAUUGUAUCUGAACGAGGAUCAAAUCUCGUUGUCAUCAACCCAGGAUCUGCAAAUGUAAGAAUAGGAUUAGCUAAGCAAGAGACACCCUUCAAUGUCCCUCAUUGCAUUGCUAGGCGCAACACACAAACCGGGAAACCAAACGUUAUUGAUCAGAUGCUUAACACUCAGGUCACAACUAAUCAACACGUUGAACGUGAGAGAGCUUACAAUACUGCUGCGUCGCUGUUGAAGAUACCGUUAUUGGAUGAAAGUUCUUCUUUUGGCUCUUCAUCAUCACGCAAGGUGGCGAGGACUAUUGGAUACAAUCAACCGUGUACUACAACGAAGAAAGAUACCGUCUUUACUUGGACUAACGUGUAUGAGGAUGAUCCUAGUUCGCCUGCAACAUCAGACACUUCUGCUGAUAAAGCUGAAGCCAGCGAAACUGGAGCUGCUACUGACUUUAAGGUUACUGGUGAGAGUAAGCGCAAGUAUAGGGAGAUGAUUUUUGGUGAAGAAGCUUUGAAAAUAUCUUCCAAAGAGCCAUAUUGCUUACACCGUCCUAUUCGUAGAGGUCACUUCAAUGUUUCGCCACAUUAUUCAGCGCAACAGGUUUGUGAGGACAUGGCCGCUAUUUGGGACUGGGUUUUAUUAGAUAAACUUAACAUAGUUCACAGUGAGAGAAACAAGUACUCUGCUGUUCUUGUUGUCCCGGAAACAUUUGACAGCCGCGAGAUAAAGGAAAUGCUAACUAUUGUGCUGCGAGACCUACGCUUUAACUCAGCCGUAGUCCACCAGGAAGGUCUAUCCGCCAUUUUUGGGAACGGUUUGUCAACGGCUUGUAUUGUGAAUAUGGGAGCCCAGACAAGCACAGUUGUUUGCAUUGAGGACGGAGUCUCAUUGCCAAAUACUGAAAAGAUUUUACCUUUCGGAGGAGAGGAUAUAUGUAGAUGUCUUCUAUGGAUUCAGAGCAAUAGCCAUAACUGGCCAAAAAUCCACACAGACGUUUUGGCAAAGCCAGUCGAUCUGCUGAUGCUUAAUCAGAUCAAGGAGUCAUAUUGUGAAAUUAAAGAAGGAGAUCUUGAGACAGUUGCAACUGUUCAUUCUUACGAGGACGACGGCAUGUUUUCUGUGCCUCACAAGACAAAUCUCACUGCACUUAACGUUCCACCAAUGGGUCUGUUUUAUCCUAACCUUCUGGUCCCUGAAGUGUUUCCACAGCCACCACGUACAUGGUUCCACGACCACGAGAAUAUGUUGGAGGAAACAUGGAACAUGGACUAUGCAGGUGGUGGUGGUAAUAUGGGACUACCAGUGUGGGAUAGCUUUGCAGCUUCCCCGUUUAAACCUAAGAAAGAAGAGAAGAUUGGUCUCGCCGAAGCCAUUACAAGCAGCAUUCUCUCUGCUGGACGUAUAGAGCUUCAGCGAAAGCUAUUCUCUAGCAUACAAUUGGUUGGUGGUGUUGGUUUGACUAAAGGUCUUGUCUCAGCCGUGGAAGAAAGAGUUCUUCAUGCGAUACCUCCAACGGAAGCCAUUGACACGGUGGAGGUUCUGCAGUCAAGAAUGGACCCAACAUUCAUAUCUUGGAAAGGAGGAGCGAUAUUAGGAAUCUUGGAUUUUGGGAGAGAGGCUUGGAUAAACAGAAAGGAGUGGAUGCAAAAUGGGAUUCACGUAGGGAGUGGGAGGAAGUAUAGAGACUCUUAUUACCUUCAAGCACAAGCAAUGUGUUUCAUUAGCUCCUAG